UUUUAUUUCUUUUGGCUAAACUCUUGCAUUUUUCUUAACCCCAUUUCUCUUCCCCCAUGAAAAUUUCAACCCUUCACUCCUACCGUAUUUAGCUUCUAGCGUGAAGAAAAAAUGGUGUUCUAAGUUAGAGUUUGCCAAAUAAAGAAUCAAAUACUAGAAAAAGAAACACAAAUGUCGCUGAAUCAGUCCAAUAUUAGCAACAGCACCAAUACUAAUGUUUCGGUGAUCGAAUUGUACUGGAAUUUAGUGGCGAAGGCAGACAAGAAAUUCUCGAAGAUUCGUGAUUUGCCCUACUAUCAACGCACCCGAUAUGAUACGUACUUUUACAAAGUUUUCAAGGUCUACACCCAGUUAUGGAAGUUUCAACAAGAGAAUAGGCAAAAGCUGGUCGAGGCAGGGUUGAAGAGAUGGGAGAUUGGGGAAAUUGCAUCUCGGAUUGGUCAGCUUUAUUUUGGGCAGUACAUGAGGACAAGUGAGGCAAGCUAUUUGUCUGAAUCAUAUAUAUUCUACGAGGCAAUACUGACAAGGGAGUAUUUCAAAGAAGGCUUGUAUCAGGAUAUCAAUCUUGCGAGCAAGCAGUUGAGGUUUCUUGCUCGGUUUUUGACAGUCUGUUUGGUGUUUAAUCGGCGAGAAGUGGUGUAUCAGCUGGUGAAUCAGCUGAAGAUGUUGCUUGACGAGUGCAAGAGGACAUUCCAGGUUCUUUUCAUGAGUCACAUGUUUAUAAGUUUAUAUAAAUGUACACGUGCAUGUGUUUCUGAUUCUGUGCACCUAUACAAAUAUCAUAUAUAUUGCACGCAUACAUGCUGUCAUGUAUAUCUGUAUAUAUUACAUGGAUGUUCUUGUUUCCAGAUUUGUGUAGGGUUCAUCAGGUAUUGCUAG